GUGGUGCCGGUAUCUCAGUCUUAGUUCGCUGUCAGAUCGUUCAAUUUCGGAGUAGAGAGAACACCUUCGCGAGCGGAACGGUGAAUCCAGAGGAACGAUUACUGGCAAUCGUACGAAUACCAAAUCUUGUGUGAUCGUAGCUGUUUCGUAUAGAAUCGUGUUUGUUGCAUAUUGUGCACGUACCGGCAUCGGAACAUCGACGAACAGGCGGCAACAUUCGUCAACCUAGUCGAACGAGAAAGGUUAACCGGCAAAAUCUACGACGAGGGGAACAACAGAGGAAUAAAGAGGAAAUGGCGCCCAAUAUAACGAGUACCCCAACGGGUGGACUGUACGAAGAGGAAUCAGUCGAUCAAGCAACGAUGUUCGAUCCGCCUAAGCAGCAGUACCAGAGACACAUUGUCUGGAGGAACGUGAUCAUAUUCUCGUAUCUUCAUUUAGGCGCCGUUUAUGGACUGUUCCUCAUUUUCAGUUCUGCAAAACUGCUGACAACAUUGUUCGCGUUCUCUUUGUACGUGGCCGGUGGAUUGGGAAUCACAGCCGGUGCUCACAGAUUAUGGGCACACAAAUCAUACAAGGCGAAAUGGCCGCUCCAGUUGCUGCUGAUGAUCUUCAACACCAUAGCGUUCCAGGAUUCAGCGAUCGAUUGGGCCAGAGAUCACAGGCUUCACCAUAAAUACAGCGAGACGAACGCUGAUCCUCACAACGCCAAGAGAGGUUUCUUCUUCGCGCACGUGGGCUGGCUGCUGUGCAGAAAACACCCGGACAUCAAGGAGAAAGGCAAAGGAAUCGAUUUGGGUGACCUAUGGAGCAAUCCUAUACUGGCGUUCCAAAAAAGGUAUUACACGUAUUUGAUGCCCGUGUUCUGCUUCGUCCUACCGACAGUUAUCCCUGUCUACGGCUGGAACGAGAGCUGGAAGAACGCUUACUUCGUAUCCACAGUUCUGCGAUAUGUGGUCACGCUGAACGCAACCUGGUUGGUCAACUCCGCGGCUCAUCUAUUUGGGAACAAACCAUACGACAGGUUCAUCAAUCCUGCGGAGAACAAAGGUGUGGCCAUAACUGCGUUUGGCGAAGGUUGGCACAAUUAUCACCACGUGUUCCCGUGGGACUACAAAACCGCGGAGCUGGGUAACUACUCUUACAACCUGACGACGGCGUUCAUCGACUUUUUCGCGAAGCUCGGUCUCGCGUACGAUCUGAAGAUCGUUCCCACAGACUUAGUGAAGAAACGAGUGGAAAGAACCGGCGACGGGAGCCACGAACUUUGGGGUUGGGGUGAUAAAGAUCAGACGCAAGAGGACAGGGAUCAGACGCUGGUGAUGCAUUGCCUGAAGAAGGAUCACUAGAGACACGAUCAUCGUACGAGGAGGGGCUGAUCCGUUCGUUCGUUCGUUGCACGCUUGUUUAAAAGUAGGGAAAACAAAAAACAAAAAAAAAAAAGAAAACACGAAC